GCCAUGGCAGGCGCCAGGCCCGGCGUCCACGCUCUGCAGCUGGAGCCGCCCGCGGUGGGGGAGACCCUGCGGCGCGGGAGUAAGUUCAUCAAAUGGGACGAGGAGACCUCCAGUCGGAACCUGGUGACCCUGCGCGUGGACGCCAAUGGCUUCUUCCUGUUCUGGACGGGACCCAACAUGGAGGUGGACAUGCUGGACAUCAGCUCCAUCAGGGACACAAGGAUUGGCCGUUACGCCCGCAUGCCCAAGGAUCCCAAGCUCCGGGAGGUGCUGGGCUUUGGUGGCCCUGAGGCCCGACUGGAGGAGAGGCUGAUGACGGUGGUGGCUGGGCCAGACCCAGUUAACACAGCAUUCUUGAACUUCAUAGCCGUGCAGGACGACACAGCUAAGGUCUGGUCCGAGGAGCUGUUCAAACUGGCAAUGAACAUCCUGGCCCAGAAUGCCUCCCGGAACACCUUUCUGCGCAAAGCAUACACGAAGCUGAAGCUGCAGGUGAACCAGGAUGGACGCAUCCCUGUCAAGAACAUCCUGAAGAUGUUUUCAGCAGACAAGAAGCGAGUAGAGACAGCACUGGAAUCCUGCGGCCUCAAUUUCAACCGGAGUGAGUCCAUUCGGCCUGAUGGAUUUACCUUGGAAAUCUUUGAACGGUUUUUGAACAAGUUGUGUCUCCGGCCGGACAUUGACAAGAUCCUGCUAGAGAUAGGGGCCAAGGGCAAGCCGUACCUGACGCUGGAGCAGCUCAUGGACUUCAUCAACCAGAAACAAAGGGACCCGAGGCUCAACGAAGUGCUCUACCCGCCCCUGCGGCCCUCCCAGGCCCGGCAGCUCAUCGAGAAGUACGAACCCAACAAGCAGUUCCUGGAGCGGGAUCAGAUGUCCAUGGAGGGCUUCAGCCGCUACCUGGGGGGCGAGGAGAAUGGCAUCCUGCCCCUGGAGACCCUGGACCUGAGUGCGGACAUGACCCAGCCGCUGAGCUCCUACUUCAUCAACUCCUCCCACAACACCUAUCUCACGGCCGGGCAGCUGACGGGGACCUCGUCGGUGGAGAUGUACCGGCAGGCGCUGCUGUGGGGCUGCCGCUGCGUGGAGCUGGACGUGUGGAAAGGGCGUCCGCCUGAGGAGGAGCCCUUCAUCACCCACGGCUUCACCAUGACCACCGAGGUGCCGCUGCGUGACGUGCUGGAGGCCAUCGCGGAGACUGCCUUCAAAACGUCGCCCUACCCUGUCAUCCUCUCCUUUGAGAACCACGUGGACUCGGCCAAGCAGCAGGCCAAGAUGGCGGAGUACUGCCGCACCAUCUUUGGGGACGCGUUGCUCAUUGACCCCCUGGACAAGUACCCGCUGGCCCCGGGCGUCCCCCUGCCCAGCCCCCAGGACCUGAUGGGCCGAAUCCUGGUGAAGAACAAGAAGCGGCACCGGCCCAGCUCCAGCGUCCCUGACAGCUCCGUGCGCAAGAGGCCUCUAGAGCAGAGCAACUCCGCCCUGAGCGAGAGCUCCGCGGCCACCGAGCCCUCCUCCCCCCAGCUGGGGUCUCCCAGCUCUGACAGCUGCACAGGCCUGAGCAACGGGGAGGAGGUGGGCCUUGAGAAGCCCAGCCUGGAGCUUCAGAAGUCUCUGGGGGAAGAAGGGCUGCUGCAGGGCCCUGAUGUUCUUGGACCUGCUGACCGUGAGGAUGAGGAAGAAGAUGAGGAAGAGGAGGAACAGUCAGACCCUAAAAAGCCAACCACGGAUGAGGGCACUGCCAGCAGCGAGGUCAAUGCCACAGAGGAAAUGUCGACACUCGUCAACUACAUUGAGCCAGUCAAGUUCAAGUCCUUUGAGGCUGCUCGAAAGAGGAACAAGUGCUUCGAGAUGUCAUCCUUCGUGGAGACCAAGGCCAUGGAGCAACUGACUAAGAGCCCCAUGGAGUUUGUGGAAUACAACAAGCAGCAGCUCAGCCGCAUCUACCCCAAGGGCACCCGCGUGGACUCAUCCAACUACAUGCCCCAGCUCUUCUGGAACGUGGGCUGUCAGCUCGUUGCGCUCAACUUCCAGACCUUGGACGUGCCCAUGCAGCUCAACGCGGGCGUGUUUGAGUACAAUGGACGCAGCGGCUACCUGCUCAAGCCGGAGUUCAUGCGGCGGCCCGACAAGUCCUUCGACCCCUUCACCGAGGUCAUCGUGGACGGCAUCGUGGCCAACGCCUUGCGGGUCAAGGUGAUCUCGGGGCAGUUCCUGUCCGACAGGAAGGUGGGCAUCUACGUGGAGGUGGACAUGUUCGGCCUCCCGGUCGACACCCGGCGCCGGUACCGCACUCGGACCUCCCAGGGCAACUCCUUCAACCCUGUGUGGGAUGAGGAGCCCUUCGACUUCCCCAAGGUGGUGCUGCCCACACUGGCCUCACUGCGCAUCGCAGCCUUUGAGGAGGGGGGCAAGUUCGUGGGGCACCGAAUCCUGCCCGUCUCUGCCAUCCGCUCAGGGUACCACUACAUCUGCCUGCGGAACGAGGCCAACCAGCCGCUGUGCCUGCCGGCCCUGCUCAUCUAUACCGAGGCAUCCGACUACAUCCCCGAUGACCACCAGGACUACGCUGAGGCCCUGAUCAACCCCAUCAAGCACGUCAGCCUGAUGGACCAGAGGGCCAAUCAGCUGGCCGCCCUUAUUGGGGAGAAUGAGGAUCAGGCUGGCCCGGAGACCUGCCAGGCGACCGAGUCUCAACAGCUGGGGUCCCAGCUAUGCCCCAAUCCUGCGCCCAGCACGCCGGAUGCCUCUCCCCGCCGGCCCCCGUGCACUGUCACCUCCCCCAGCAGUCCCUCCCUGAGCAGCCCAGGGCAGCGGGACGACCUCAUUGCCAGCAUCCUCUCAGAGGUGGGCCCCGCCUCACUCGAGGAGCAUCGCGGCCACAAGUCUCUGUUGAAGCUCCAGAGCCGGCAGGAGCGAGACCUACGGGAACUGCUCAAGAAGCACCAGCGCAAGGCUGCGGCCCUCACUCGCCGGCUGCUCGACAUCCUGGCCCAGGCGCGGGCCCGGAGUGUCCAAGGUAAAGAGAACGAGGAGGACGUGGGGAAGCGGUUUCUAGAGUUCCAGAAGAAACAGGUACAGACUCUGCUGGAGCUGAGGGAGGCCCAGGCAGUCACAGAGGCUGAGCGGAGGCUAGAGCACCUGAAACAGGCUCAGCAGCGGAUCAGGGAGAUUGUCCACGAUGCACAUGCCACUCAAUUAAAGAAGCUGAAGGAAACGAGCGAGAGGGAGAAGAAGGAGCUACAGAAGAUCCUGGACAGGAAGCGCCACAACAGUAUCUCGGAGGCUAAGACGAGGGAGAAACAUAAGAAGGAGGUGGAACUGACCGAGAUUAAUCGCCGGCACAUCACGGAGUCAGUCAACUCCAUCCGUCGGCUGGAGGAGGCCCAGAAGCAGCGGCACGAACGCCUCCUGGCCGGGCAGCAGCAGGUCCUUCAGCAGCUGGCGGAAGAGGAGCCCAAGCUGCGGGCCCAGCUGGUCCGGGAGUGUGAGGAGCAGCGGGCGAGGCUGCCCCAGGAGAUCCGCCGGAGCCUGCUAGGCGAGACGCCAGAGGGGCUGGGGGACGGGCCUCUAGUGGCCUGUGCCAGCAACGGUCACGCACCCGGGAGCAGCGGGCACCUGUCCGGCGCCGACUCGGAGAGCCAGGAGGAGAACACGAAGCUCUGAACUGGCUGAGCAAGAGGUGGCCGCAGGGCCAGGGCAAACACUGGGAGGAGGGCAGAGGCUAAAACACUCAUUUUUUUAACUUGUUUAACACUAAUCUUUUUUAACUUUUUUAAAAAUCUUUUUAUCUUUAGAAAUUUUAUUUUUUUAAACUGAGGGCCGCAGGGAGGGCGAGCGGCUAGAACACUACUUUUUUAAACUCGUUUAACACCAAUCUUUUUAUUUCACACUAAUUUGUUUUUAAAAAAACCUUUUUAUCUUUAGAAAUUUUAUUUUUUUAAACUGAUACAAGCCCUGCGCACUGCAGUGCCCGGCAGGCCCCAGUCCUUCCCGCCUGCCGUCCUAGAGAGGGGGCUGGGUCACCGGGCCUGGUGGGGGGGCUCACCCCCCUAUACCCACCACCCUGAGUGGGAGUCUUCUCCCUCGCUUCCCCGGGGAGCACACGAGUGGAAACUUCAAGCUCUGGGAAGGAGUCACAGUCUUAUUCUUUGGGGAGUUUUCCCGUGAAUAAAAAAUUGCAGGGACCCUGUGUGCAGUGUGGUUUGGGUGGGGCAGUGCCGGAGUGGACUCUGCUCCUAGCUAGCUCUGCCACUUCUUGGGACUCGGUUUCCUCAUCUAUAAAAUGGGUUUGUGGGGAUGAGGUCAGGCCCCCAGUGAAGGGCUACUGGGUUUGAAUCUUGAGACCUUGUCCGAGGUCUGCAGAUAAGAAAGAGGCUGAUUUUCUCACUGUGCGGUCAGAGGCCACUCUGGCCUCCCCCAGGCUUUCCUGCCUCAGCCCUUCAGCUGUGGCUCUUGUUACUCCCCCCCCCCACCCCGCCCCUUACUUUUCUCCCUGCAGGACUCGACCUCCCUUCAUGGAGGCACAGGCCUCUGCUGCCUGCCCCCCACCCCCUCCUGUCUGACAUGACCCAAGUGCCAGCAUCUUCCCUGAGGUUCCCUGGGCCAUCAUGGGCAAUGGACUCUGAUCAGGGAUGGGGUACCCAGAGGUGGAACUGGGCACCUCACAACCUGCCCACAUCUGGGAAUCCAGGCGCUCAGGGACAGGUGGGAGGGAGGAGGGCUGGGGGUGACCCAAGGGGAGGUUGCUGACACAGGGGCUGGGAGAAACAGCACCCCCCUCAUCCCUGUGAGGGA